AUGACGUCCUCGAAAGGGUUUAAGACUAUUGUUGUCGAAGGUCCCAAGAACAGUAAUUUGGUCAUCACUUUUCACCGCACCUUUCGUAUCCCGGACGAUGGGAAACCCAAUAAUGUACUGCCAGAUUGUGGCAGAUUUCCGAUCUUUGACCUCGUGGAUUAUAAAUCUAAUUUGCCCAAUGAUUUGAUGGCCAAGGGCGGAGUAUUCAUUCCAAUUCGUCAGCAUGAGGCUAUGUGGAUCAAGUUCACCAGUGUUCAGAAAUUUGCCGUUCGCGUCUGGGUGGGUGGAGUUAAUGCUGUUUCUGGAGAAUCAAAGACUCCAGCGCUUUCGGAGCCCGGCCUCAACCAGUACAUUCCGAAGUCCCAAGACUAUAUCGUUGUACCCCAGCAGCAAUGGCUAAACGGCAUCGCUGAUGAAGAAGGUCGAGUUUCACAACUUGUCGCACCCCCAGUCGGAUCUGGAUACUCGAUUGAGAGGCAAAUCACAGGACUAAAUACUGCUGCUGACAUUGUCUUCGAGAUCUAUCCCAGCUUUGGCGAUACUGCUAACCCGAGAAUGCUCGAGUUAUUGAUCCUGGGACCACCAACUCCGACCAGGCUGAUAGCGCAUGAAGAUACGACCAUCGAGGAAGUUAAAGAGAUGAUCCGCGAUAUCGAAGGGACUCUUUGUGACGAGCAGCAGCUAUUCUCGUGGCAAGGAGUAUUGGAAGAUGGACGCACCUUGUCUGACUAUGGAAUCCAACAGUUACACGCAAUACGCCUAAAGAAGCGCCCUCGAGCUGGUGAUUCUCCCAGUGAAGCAGUGAUGGCGGAGGAGGCUGCUCGGUCAAAAGCAGAUCAAAUAGCUACAGAGAUGGCGAUUGUCCCUGGAAGGUUAAUUAAGGAGAGCCUCGUCGCUGAUACCUUGAAUCCGCUGUAUUGGAAUACCGAAAGGAAACUAGUUUUCAAUUUUCACCUACUUGACGCCUCCACAACGCCGAUGCUCGGUCUCGCUAUCCCUCCCACUCCCAUUAACCGGAAAACUUAUGCGGAAUUUGGGUACCCCUUCUUUGAAGAGUACGAGGAUCUAAACGUUUGCUUACCCGACGAGAACCCGAUUAUUUGGCCAGAAAUUGAGGGCUUGCCUCUUGGCCCAAAAGAUUCCCCAAGAAAGAAGGCCGACAAUCAAAUGAAACAUAGAUAUAUCAGAGUGCUUAAGCUCAACAAAGUUGAUAAAAUGCCAGGGUUCUUUCCCGCAAAAGCUCUAUAG